AUGUCUUGGCAAGGCGGGCCCUACUAUCAAGAUCCGAAUCAACAAUAUUAUGGUGGCGGUUAUCCCCAGGGUGGUUAUCCACCACCAGGCGGUUAUCCCCCAGCCGGAGGUUAUCCUCCACCUGGUGGUUAUCCACCACCAGGAGGCUAUCCAACGGCAGGCGGUUAUCCUCCACAAGGUGGCUUUGGUGGUCCUGGCUUUGUUCCACCACAAGCGGGUUUUGUGCCACCACCACAAAACGACUAUGGUGGUUAUGAAGAUCCUGAAGGUCCCAAGAAUUUUGCCUUCGAUGAUCAAAGUGUACGCAAGGGUUUCAUACGCAAAGUUUAUCUUAUUUUGAUGGGACAAUUGUUGGUUACUUUUGGUUUUGUGGCCUUGUUUUCAUUCAAUAAGGCCACAAAGGACUUUGCUAGAGCCAAUCCAGCUCUGUUUUGGGUUGCAUUGGCCGUUCUUCUCGUAACAAUGAUCUGUAUGGCCUGCUGUGAAGGUGUACGUCGUAAGACACCAAUGAAUUUCAUCUUCCUGGGCCUGUUUACUUUAGCGGAGUCUUUCUUAUUGGGUGUAUCAGCAAGCACAUAUGCUCCUACCGAGGUUCUUAUGGCCGUUGGUAUAACUGCUGCUGUAUGCUUGGCGUUGACACUUUUUGCAUUCCAGACAAAAUACGAUUUCACCAUGUGUGGCGGUGUACUACUGGUCUGCAUGGUCGUAUUUGUCAUCUUUGGUAUUGUGGCCAUUUUCAUUCCAGGCAAAAUAAUGACUCUGGUUUAUUCAUCGAUUGGCGCUCUGCUAUUCUCCAUUUACUUGGUCUAUGAUACCCAAUUGAUGAUGGGCGGAAAUCACAAGUACUCCAUUAGUCCCGAAGAAUAUAUAUUUGCGGCUUUGAAUCUUUACUUGGAUAUUAUCAAUAUCUUCAUGUAUAUUUUGGCCAUUAUCGGCGCUUCAAGGGAUUAGGACUGAAUUGUAGAGCCCA